AUGCUCAAGGUAACUGCUCUCAUAUUGCCCGAGAUUUCUAGGUACCGACCUAUACAACUCCCGGGACUAGCAGCUUGGCCACAUUUCGAGGGCUUAACCCUCGCCGACCCCCACUACGCGGCCCAUCACAACGUAGACGUGCUGCUGGACGCCGAUGUCUACAACCGCUUACUGCUGGAUGAUGUCCGACGAGGAGAGUGCAAUCAGUCCAUGGCUCAGGAGACGAGGCUGGGAUGGAUCUUGACUGGGGACCUGCAGAAGACCUCGGAGGUUAAGACCAGCUCUGGGGCACUCCCUAGAAGGCAGGAAGAAGUGCGGGUUGAGGUACCACCCACUCCGGACGACGAGGGAUGCGAACAGCACUUCAAAACAACCUACAGCCGGAUGCCAGAGGGGAGAUUCAUGGUCCGCCUUGCCUUCCACUUGACACCUCAUCUCGGAACCUCGCGAUCAGCGGCGCUCCGCGCACUGGAGUCAAUCCAGCGCAGAUUCCGGAAAGAUGAGGACUUUGAGAGGGCUUACCGAGCCUUCAUGCACGACUACGCUACUCUGGAAUAUAUGGAGGUUGCCCGAAGACCACCUCUCGGACUCCAUUUCUACCUUCCCCAUCACGGUGUCCUGAAGGCCACCACUACCACGACCAAGUUGCGUGUCGUGUUCAACGGCUCCCGGUCAACAAGCUCCGGUAAGUCCCUCAAUGACUGCCUCUAUACAGGGCCCAAUCUACUCCCUCCUCUGGCGGACGUGUUUCAACGAUGGCGGCGUCACCUUGUCACGUUCACCGCGGACGUAGAAAAAAUGUACCGUCAAAUUCUCGUGCAUGAGGACGACCAGGACUAUCAAUGGAUACUAUGGCGGGCGGAGCAUCAUGAGAAGGUGACGGACUACACCCUCUCCACCGUCACCUACGGACUAGCUUGUGCCCCGUACCUUGCCCUACGCUGCCUGCAACAACUCGCCACCGACAAGGAGGCCAAGUUUCCUCUUGGUGCAGCAGUAAUACGGGUGAGCGGCUCCGUAUUGCGUAAAUGGGCUUCCAACUCACCUAAACUGUUGGAGGGCUCCCAGGACGGCGAGUCCAGUGCCCCGCUACACUGGGACUCUGAGUCGACUCACAGUGUCGUCGGUCUCCGGUGGUUACCUAAUUCGGACGAGUUUCAGGUGAACGUCGCUCCACAGUCUGCUGACCACCGUUACACGAAAAGAACCACUCUGAGCCAGGCCGCACAAAUCUUCGACCCCCUGGGAUGGCUGGCUCCCGUCACCGUCUGGGCUAAAAUCUUCACCCAAGGACUCAGGCUCUUGAAGACUGACUGGGACGCAGCGCUGCCCCCUCAGGAGGAAGACCGUUGGACAAAGUUCUUCCGGGAGUUAGUAGCUUUAGAUACCAUCAAAAUUUCCCGAUGGCUGGGACUGUCACCGGACUGGGACCGUGUCGAGUUUCAUGGCUUUGCUGACGCCUCCAAGCAGCCGUGGUCUACCUCAGGGUCAAUGAGAACGAGCAGGGAAUUAGAGUCCGUCUGGUCGCUUCCAAGACCAAGGUCGCGCCACUGA